GUGUCGGCACUUUUGUAUACCGCCUCUGUGCUUCUGGAGAUGUACGUGUUAGGUUAAUGUGGAUAUGAACUGAAACAUUUCAAUUUUAUAAAUUUUUUGAACAUUUGUGAAAAAGUGUAUCUACAGACACAUAACUGUUUUUAAAAGAAAACAAAAAAAUUUAUUUGAUAAAUUCCUUGAUUUGUAUGUUGAGUCAUUAAAUUUUUUCUUUCUGAACAGUCAUUGAAGUAAACAUACUAUGCCAAGAAUAUAUCUACCAUUGUCUGUGUUUACUAAAAUGAUGCCACAGAAAUAUAAUAAAAGGAUUAUAUUCUUACAGACUGACAUACUACUUACUAAUUUAAAUGUCAAGGUCACGUCGGUCUAAAUAUACCCUUAUAGUGUAUUAUAAAUAUUAAAGAGAAAAGGAAUAAAUUUUGCGAGAAAUUGAAAAGAAAAUAGAAGGAUUUUGUAAUUUUUGCUUACGUCAUCAAUAUGGCAGAAUCCAGCUGCGUAAGAACUCGUCCAAUACGAGAGUAUUUCCAUCAUCCGUGACGUCACGUCUACCCCUAAAAAAGAAAGGAUCUUAAGUCGUCAACAUUAUUCGAAUACAUAAUCUUGAUUGGAUAAAAUAUGCUUCUCCUCUGUUACGUCACCCCAUCCUGAAACCAUCAUUGGUUGAACAUGAAGAGUCUCUACCAUUACGUCAUAACCUACGUCAUCAUCUUGGCCACCAUCAAUUCUCACACGCAUAUCAGGGCCGUCUCCUCGGUGGUGGCUCUCGGGGCCAACCUCCUGUGUUCUCGGCUGUUGGGUCUAACGCCUCGCCAGAGGAAGAUCUGCUCCAGGGCUCCAGACGCCAUCGUGGCCAUCAGCGAGGGAGCUCGAGUUGGGAUCAGCGAGUGUCAGCACCAGUUUAGGAACCACCGCUGGAACUGCUCGCUCAUGGCCGGAGCGAGCAGCGUGUUCGGCCAUGUUGUGCUCGUUGCUAGUCGGGAAGCCGCUUACGUGUACGCCGUAGCCAGCGCUGGAAUGGCCCACAGCGUCACGGCGUCAUGCGCCCGUGGGAACAUCUCCACCUGCGGGUGCGACGAUUCCCGUCGGGGUCACACCGACGCCGGGUGGAAGUGGGGAGGCUGUAGCGCCGAUAUCAAGUACGGAAUCCGUUUCGCAAGGAGGUUCGUGGACGCCCGCGAGGUCGAGGGAGAUGCCAGAUCCCUGAUGAAUCUCCACAACAACAAAGCUGGGCGAAGGGCUCUUCGCAAAACCCUCAGAACGGAGUGCAAGUGUCACGGCGUAUCCGGUUCCUGCACCAUGAAAACCUGCUGGAGGACGCUCCCUUCGUUCAACACCAUAGGAAAACACCUCCUGCAGAAGUAUUAUUCAGCCAAACGGGUCGUCGCUAAAAAGAGCCCAAGGAGGUCGAACCCAUCCUUGAAGCUGCACAGAGGUAAGCGACGCUCGAAGAAGCCAAGAUCCUCCGACUUGGUCUAUCUGCAAAAGAGCCCAAACUACUGCGAGAGGAAUCCUGCCACAGGAUCUCUAGGAACCGUGGGUCGCAGAUGCAACAGAACGUCGAAAGAACCCGAUGGCUGCGACCUCAUGUGUUGCGGCAGAGGAUACAACACCCACCAGUACAUUCGCAAAUGGAAAUGCAACUGCAAAUUCCACUGGUGUUGCUACGUCCACUGCCACACCUGCCAAGAGGAAACGGAAGAAUACACCUGCAAGUGACCCAGGCUUCCUGGAGAUGACCCCUUACUUCUGGAUGACGAAGCCCAAUAUUCAUAGGCACCGUCAGCUGAGGAAAUGGUCCGAUAACGAUGGAAUGUCAGCUGAGCUGAGGCAAGACGGCGGGAAGGCACAUCUAGGGUGGUGCUCACUUCCAAAUGGAGAGGAGUUGGUAGAGCUGUGCGUGCACAGGAAGCUCAGAAGUCAGGAGUUCAAACCCUGCCUGAGAGCUGACGUUCAUUUCUUUGAUUUCAUCGUCAUUUAUAGCAUUCGUGAAUAUCACUUUGAAGAGUGGUUAUAAUAUCCUUCGAAUCAAUCGUUAUCUGAACAGGGGGUUGGCGUUCCAGGGAAGAUAAAGUGAGAGUGUUGUCACGACUGAGGGAAGUACUGUUGCUUUUCAUACGGUAGUCGUAGCGUCUUCACGUGAUGUGUUGUAUCGUGUAUGUGUAUGACCUCUGAGAUAUGAACGUGCUUCUUUCAUUCCCAGUCAGAAGAAAGCUUGAAAUCUUACUUAUUUUUCUUUAGUGUGAUCGACGUCUAGAAAUAUCAGUUAGUCUCAGUAGAAGUCUGUUUGCUACAAUAUGCUUUCGAGUUGUAGAACGCUCUUGGAAUGAAACUUCCAGCUCCAUGGAAGAAAGUGAUGCUGUUUUAUUUACUAUAAAUGUAAAAUGAUUUGCAUAAAUUACGAAAGAUUCAGCAAUAACUCACGCUAAAGCUCACUAUUACAGAGCUAGCAUGAGGAUUGAGAACUGAACAGACAUGAAAGUAUUAUGAUGAUGCAUCCUUGCAACCUUGCAACCUCGACCCACGGUAAAAUGGUUGCCUCUGCCUUGUGGUUCAUCACGAUACGUGUAGUGAACAGUGGCAGAAUACAGAAAUAUAGGAAACAGUGAAUGAGUUGCUAUUCAAGAAUCUCAUAGAGCAAGGCUCAAGUAUACAGUACUAGAAGAGUUCUUACUAGAAAUAUAAGUCGCUAAUUUACUCUUUAGAAACAAAGUGGGUUCAUCUUUGCUCUACAGAGGAAAAAAAGAUAAACUUGAAAUAGUGACAUAUCAAGAGAUUAUCACAGGAGCGUGUCAACCGACGAGAUCCUGAGAUUCUGAGGAUCAUUGUGGUUUUGAGAAAAAUGGAAAAGAGAGAAUAUGAGAAAUAGAAACGGAAACAGAAACUUUAAUCAGGAGAUUAAAGUGAGAGCUGUAAAUACUCGCUAAUUGCUGUUUAUCAGGAGUUGUUUAUUCCUCAAGUUAUGACCAGUGUAUUGUGUAGUCUUGAGCCCAUAUCGCAAAGUAGCUUCUGUCGCUUCGUAUUUCAACAGAGAAUUCUUACUAUAAUCAAAUGCAUAAUAUAUAAAAACUUGAGUAUAGAGAUUGCAUAGGUGAAACAUAAAGCUCUUCUGUCAGAUACUAGUUUUAGAGCAACGGCAGAUGAUUUGACCUUAAAGUUCAUUUCUGUGUUGGAACUGAGACGGUUGUUUUACAAUUAGGUGUCCUUGGUAUAGAAACCUUACUAGGUGAUAUGUAGCAUUGGGCUUAUGUAUGUAAAUGGGCUGUCAUCAACUUUUCAUUUGUAAACAUUUAUUUCUGAAGUUCACCUUAACUUUUUGGUAGCUUUUGGUUACCUAAAGCUGUAGCUAAUCUGAAAUCCAGCAACGUAAUUAUUCGCAAUUUUUCAGAAAUCAACGUACUUUUAAUGAGAAUAUUUGAGCCCUUCAGAAGAUUAAGUAUGUGGACAAAUUCAUACAAUGUUCCUUAAAUUAAGACACCAUGAGCUGAUUUUGUUUACGAAACAGGUUAAACAGGUCAUGGAAUAACGACCCAGUAAGAGACUACAAAAGCGUUGUUAACUCUUUAACCACUUCCUUCUCUAGCCAGUUCUUGUAAUAAAGCAGACCUCUUUGCAAAGAUAAGCAGAAUUAAACCAAGUUUCAAUAUAACUAAAACUUCUGGCACAAUUUUAUUAGAUAAUUAAGACAGAUUUCAGAAAACGUCAUUUACUUGUUUAUCAUUUAAAAGGUGCAACAUGACAAGCCAUUUUCUGUGGCGCAGCAGAAGGAAAAUAUCUCACACAGGUUGGCAAUGAUUAAAAUCAAACUGAUUUAAUCACGUGAUUAAAUCAUUGAUUUUUUUUGUUUAAAAUAUCAUGAUUUAAAAUUGUUUUUAAUUUUUUUUAUUUGAAAGCAAACAAAUGGAAAAAUAUGGUUUAGAGGUUAACAAAAACUUAAGCAUAACUGUGAUGCAUCUAUUUAUUUUGAUAUAAAAUAAAUUGCAAGGACAUACUUUAGACCAGAACUGGAAACCUUAAAGGUAAAUUAAUAGUAAUUCUGUUAUAAAAUACAUUUUGAGGGAAAAAAAAAGAUUGAAAAAACAUCUAACAAAUAGAAAAAAAUAAAUAAAAGAAAUCAAACAUAUAAAUAAAUCACUGAAUUUUUUUUACUUUUUUUAAAAUAAAAAAAUCAACCCUGGUCUCACGUUAUCUGGGUAGUUGUAUAUGCUUUUAGACAUUUGAAUAUCAGCUUGUGUCCUAAUAUUCUUAACUUAUUUUAGGAAAUUUUCUUAAAGUUUCUAAUGACCUUUGUAAAACAUAUUCUUAGUGUAAUGUAACUAUUCUGGCAAGAAUGUAACUCUUUAAAUUUGAUGCUUUUGCCUAAGAUUGACUGUGGAUGUUUGAUCUAAGAAAAAAUAUAGACCAGUACCAAAUUUACUCUUACUUGUUUUGUGUAUCAUAAAUAUAUCCGUGUAACUGAACAGACUUUCAGUCAAAUUUACUCUCAAGAGUUGUUUUUUGAAUUACUAUUCUUUGUACAAUUUGAAUUCCUUUAUUCUGUAUCACUUUCUUCUCCUUAUCACAAAUAUUCUUUACAGAACUUUAAUUCCUCGUUUGUCUUGUUCCUCUCAAAACUUUCAGAAUUAUCUUAUAUUUUCACUUCGUUUCAUUGUGUCAUCUGAUCCGGGAGUUGUUAAUUUAUCGUGUAAUAAAUAUGUAUUGUACAGACAACUAAAAAUGAUGAAUAUGUCAUCUCACUUAAAAUCAUCAUUCCUUAAUGUAUCCAUAUCAUACCAUUCACACGAAAAUGAACUUUAAGGCGAAUCAGGUCUUUAGAAAAGUGCUUGCAAGCAUGAAUGUACCACAAACAGUUUUAAAAUUUUGUCUUACAGUUUUUUUUUUUUGGUGCUUCUGUGUAUCGUAAAAAUUCUUUCUUUCUUCCGAUGGCCACGUCGUUGUUUCAUUCAGAAUAUAAAAAAAAAGGAAAUUAGAUUUUUACUCAAUACAAUAUUCGAAUAUAUU